GCUUUGAAAUCCCAUUCCGGCUUUGUUGUCUCCCCGGAGGGGCGGGAAUGCUCAGAGCCCGCAGUAUAAAGGCAGCCCCGGUGGCGGUGGCGGCGCAGAGCUCGGUGCGCCCCGCAAUCAGCGCUCUGGGAACGCACGAGGCUCCCGGAACUCUGAUUGCAGCCGCGCCAGCCGGGGCGCUAGCUUCGUGGAGACCAGGCUUGCCAAGUGACAUCCCUCCUUUCUCUUUCUUUCUCUAUCUUGACUCUUUCUGAGAUGAUGUCUCUGGGCGCAGUAGCAGCUGCCCGGCUCUUGGUCGCCCUGGUAGCGGCGGCUCUUUGCGGCCACCCUUUGCUUGGGGUUAACGCCACCUUGAACUCCGUGCUCGUCAAUUCCAACGCCAUCAAGAACCUGCCCCCACCGCUGGGCGGCGCUGCAGGGCACCCAGGCUCCGCGGUGAGCGUGGCGCCCGGAAUUCUGUACGAAGGCGCGAACAAAUACCAAACCAUUGACACCUACCAGCCGUACCCGUGCGCAGAGGACGAGGAGUGCGGCACAGACGAGUACUGCGCGAGUCCCAUGCGCGGAGGGGGUGCGGACGCGCAAAUCUGCCUUGCCUGUAGGAAGCGCCGAAAACGCUGCAUGCGCCACGCUAUGUGCUGCCCCGGGAAUUACUGCAAAAAUGGCAUAUGUAUGCCUUCUGAUCACAAUCAUUUCAGUCGAGGGGAAAUUGAGGAGACCGUUAUUGAGAGCUUUGGUAAUGACCACAGCACCUUGGAUGGGUACUCCAGGAGAACCACACAGUCUUCAAAAAUGUAUCAUACCAAAGGACAAGAAGGUUCUGUGUGUCUCCGGUCAUCAGACUGCGCCACAGGGUUGUGUUGUGCUAGACACUUCUGGUCCAAGAUCUGUAAACCUGUCCUCAAAGAAGGUCAAGUGUGCACCAAGCACAGGAGAAAAGGCUCCCAUGGGCUGGAGAUAUUCCAGCGUUGUUACUGUGGAGAAGGUCUAUCUUGCCGGAUACAGAAAGAUCACCAUCAAGCCAGUAAUUCUUCUAGGCUUCACACCUGUCAGAGACACUAAACCAGCCAUCUGACUGCAGUGGACUCCUUUUAUAUAAUAUAUGCUAUGAAAACUUUUUAUGACUUUUUUAGCUCAAUCCUAAGGAUGUACAAAUUCUGUGAUUAUAAUUAAGCAUUCCAAUAACACUUUCCUAAAAUCUGGAGUGUAAGAGCUUUGUUUCUUUAUGGGAACUCCCCGUGAUUGAUUGCAGUAAAUUACUGCGUUGUAAAUUCUCAGUGUGGCACUUACCUGUAAAUGCAAUGAAACUUAUUUUUCUAAAGGUGCUGCAUUGUCUAUUGUUUCUCCUGUUACGUAAAUUUUUGUACACAUUGAUUGUUAUCUUGACUCUGAUAAAUAUUCUAUAUUGAAUUAAAUAAAAAAUUUCAGUUUAUACUUUCUAAAUGCAUAACCCGCUCCCCUUUUAAUUCUAGAGUCUAGAAUACAAGACACUCUUGGAAUGACAAAUGAUAGGUACCUAAAAUUUUCCAUGAAAAUACUAGCGUAGUUCAUGAAAUGUGCCAUCUCAGUGUUUAGAUUAUAUUUAUCUUUAGGUUGUGAUAGUCCUUGAAAAUAAAAUGUAACAUUUAGUACUAUGAAAUGUUACAAGUA